CUAAGCCGACUUGCAAAUAAUCGGCCUCUAAAACGCCAUACAAAGUUUAGAAGUCAGUCUCAUUGCAAUCCAACAAAAUUUACUCCCAUGUAACUGUGCAUACGAUUACUACGGAGUAAUCCAUAUAGAAUUUAACAGGGCUUACUUCCGAGUAAACACGCAUAGGCUUAGGCUAUAACCGUCCUACGGACACUCGCUGGGAGAAAGCCUGACUAACGGAACCCAACGACGCUUUCAUCCGAGCAAUCACACAUCGGCAGGAAGGACCUUGAUAGAAUGCUCGGUAAUGCUGCACAUGUCUGGUAGGGAUACAAGAAGCCACAGGACGGACUUCCGCCCUACUUCUAGUUUCUUGCCGGGCUAACUGGUUGGUUGCCGGGGUAACGAGGAAGCGGCGUGUUUCGUGGUUGUGUGUGUCCACAGAGCUCGCUGCUCUCUCGCUCGCUCUCCCUCCCAGUGCUCUGCUGACCUCCUGCCCGUUUUCUGUGACAGUCCUGGGAAGCGCUAUUUAAACUAUUGGAGGACAUGGACCGACACAUUCCUGUGCAUCCAUUACCAGAGGAAAUCCAAAAGAUGUCCCGGGAUGAGACAGUGUGUAAAUAUUGUGGAGUCAGUUAUUUGAUCCUUCAUGAGUUUAAGCUGCUGGAAGAAAAAAUGAAAGCAAUGGAAGAGAAAGUGAAGUUUUAUGAAGGAAGUGUGGAACGGGAGAAAACACUUCAGGAGAAACUGCAGCACAUAAGUCAAGAUUUUGAACAGUGCACAGCAGCUAGCAAAUCAAAAACAGAAAGAAUAAAAACAUUAUCUCUGGAGCUUGAAAAUAAGCAAGCAGCAAUACAACAUCUAAAUGAACAGAUGAUGUGCUUCCAGCAAGAGAAGGAAGUUUCACACAGACAGUCACAACUGUUGCGAAAAACAUUGGAACAACAUAAGUUAAUCCUAAAGGAAGCCUUUAUUCUCCUUCCCUUUAUCAAAGGAGAGCUAAACAGUUUUAAAGGAGGAAUAUUUGAUUUUCUGAACCAGUGGAUUGCACUCAAAGGACAGAUUUUUUUGCAAAUGAAAACUAUUAAUUUAGCAGCAUUAGCAGAAAUAUCUAGCUUGAAUCAAAGCUUGGGUGAAUGCCAGAGGGAAAAUGUGGUCCUCCAGGAGGAGGUACAACAUUUAAGGCUGAUGUCAGAUGCAGCUGAACUGGAAGCUGAGCAACUUCAGGCGUCUCUCUUUCGAGAGAGUGAAUUACAAAACAGAUGUCAUGAACUACAAAAGAAAACACAAGAUUUAACAAGUCAAGUAGAGACUAUUGAAAACAAGUUCCAGAAAGCAGCUGCCGAAAGCAGCCAUUAUAAAGAACUAUUUGUAAAGAAGUCAAAAGAAGUUGAAGACCAUCAAAAUGAACUCCAAAAACUGACAUUAGAAAUCGGAACAUCUGAAUCUCGGUUUGCUAAUACCCUGAAAGAGCGAGAGCAGUCUUUACUUGCCUGCCAGCAAGCAUGCAGACGUUUACAGGAUGAAGUGAUUGAGAAAGAGAGGAAAGAAGAUGAUCUUAAAAAAUGCAGCAGCCAUUUGGAGAGUGAACUGGAAACAAUUAAGAGUCUUCUCAAGCAGCGAGAGGAAGAAGUGGUAGUGCUUAAGCAAGAAAGGGAGUCUGUGCUGGUUUCCAGUGAGAGCAGAGUGGAGCAACUGCAGGAAACAUUAAGGCAGAAAAUGCUGAAUGAAAAGAACUGGCAGUUAAAGAUUGAAGCUGACAGAGCAAAAGGACAAGCUCAUCACAAAGAGGAGAUUCUCAGCCUAAAAGAGGAAGCUAGAAUGGAACUAGACAUUGAGAAACAAAAGCAUCAGGAAUUAAUUGCAAAAUAUCAGAAAGAUCAGGAUGAUCUGCUACAAAUAAAGAUACCUAUAUUGAUAGCUGGUGCUACAAGUAACUUGAAGAUGGAAGUGGGCAUACUUGAAAAGAAGCUCUGUGAAACUCAGGCCAAGCUUACAGGGAAAAACGAAGAGAGAGAAAAAGAAUGGCAAAGUUUUAAAAAGCAAGUUGCAGAGCUUGAGCUCCAGCUGAAGGAAGAACAGAGCACCCAUCAUUCAGCGACAGAAGACACGAGAGAAGAAAUAAAAAAGAAGUCUUAUGAGCUGGAAAAACUGACUCAAGAGCAAACACAGUUGAUUCAGAAUAUGAAUCAACUUCAAGAAGAGAAUGCUCUUCUUCAGGACACAGUGCGCAGGGAGUGUGAGGAACGCUAUGAGCUCACUGAAGCUUUGGCUCAAGCCAAAGAACAAGUCGUGGAGCUAAAGAAACUUAGUGGAAACUUCCCGUUGUCACAGUGUUCUCUCAGUCAGGGCAGCCUAACCUCCACUGCAUUGGUCAGCAAUCGUGGGCAGAAAAGCCCAAACUAUGGGAAAGGAUCAACAGUCUCAGGACUCUAUGGGAAUUCAAGAGCCACUAAAGCACCGGUCUCUAAUAGGUACAAAAGCAACACCAACGUAAGCUUGCCUGCUCUGUCUGCACUACAGUCGCCAAGCAGAAAAACAUCUUCUCUAGAUGAGUCCAGGAGGAGGAUCACAGCAGUUCUAAAAAGACAGAUGAGUGAGCUGUGAUGAGUCAAGGACUGCCCUCUCUCAUCAAGAAGAGCCAAGGAAAACCAUUGGCACAAGUCAUUAGGCCACCUCAGGGUGUGUGUGGUCCAUAGGGGAAAAUACUACCAGAUACUGCUUUCUGGCAAUUAGGAUGUUUCUAGGGUUGAACAUUUUUAUACAAACAUCAAAUUAAGCUUAAACAUAGUUUUUACUAUAUGAAAUCUUUGUUUUAUACCACAAUCAUGAAUCAGCAUUUUGCUCAGGAAACACUGGUGAGUUAGGUCUGGUUCCUACUGGGGCAGUAAUCUUGUGUCUGGGCUUCUGAGCUGUACCACUUCAGACUGCAGCUGAAAAAGAAAAAUGAAAAAUUCCAUUUGGCAAAGCAGAUGUCGGGGAGAAGCUUCCAAGCCUAGCCUUGUCCCUGCAGAUAGAAAACUAGUGUGUCAAGGAGGAGAAUGGGCUACAUUUUUGGGUGGGUAGAGAAUGUUUAUGUGUAGGAGAGAAGCAUUCAGUCAUGUCAGUCUGCAACCUCAAUCUAAAGUGGUUUGAUGUAGACAGAGAUAUACCACCUCAGUGAGAACUAGGCCUUAUCUGCAACAUGUGAAUUUAGGAUACAGUAAAUUAAUUGAAGUACUUCAGACACAAACACCAUCUUGCAGUGGUAUUUUUCACCCUGCAUGCCUCAGUUGUUAAAAUGUUAAUAAAAUAUGUAGGUUUUUUCCUCACAACAGCUGGUUUUGUCCUACUUUUCAUUAUUAUAACAUAGCAGAGUUGCUCUUUUCAAACUCAUAGAAUUCACAAAGGCCAUAUUUUCUCAUUCCAUCAUUGUCUCAGGUUAUAUA